CAAGCAAUUCAAGCAAGCAAGCCAAGAAGAAGCAAAGGGCAGUGCACACUCGACUUCCCUCUCUCAUUCAGCACUCCCCUUUCCCGACCGCAUACCAGCGUCAAGAUGGUGAAGAAGCUGUCUGUUGUUGUGCCGACGUACAAUGAGACGGAUAACAUCCGUCCACUGGUCACCCGCCUCUUUGCGGCGACAAAGAAGGCUGGCAUCGAAGCAGAGGUCCUGAUCAUGGACGACGAAAGCAAAGGAACACCAGAGACUGAGCGCAUCGUCGCCAUGCUGUCGGCAGAGGGCUACAACGUCCGCAUCCACGUUCGCCGCCGCAGUGAGGGCCGCGGCCUCAGCAGCGCCGUCCUACUCGGCUUUGAAAAGGCCAAAUAUGAGACGAUGUUGUGCAUGGACGCAGACCUCCAACACGAACCAGAGUCCGUUCCCGCCGUCGCAGCGCCUGUGCUGAACAAGAAGGCCGAGUUCUCUGUUGGUUCGCGCAACAUCCGCGGCGGUGGCCUGGGGUUUGACUGGUCGAUGACACGCCGUCUCAUCAGCAGCACCGCCACCAUGCUCGCACGCCCGCUCACGCCAAGCACUGACCCAAUGUCAGGCUUCUUCUGCACAACUAAGACCGUGCUGAACCGUGCCAAGGACCGCUGCAACCCCAUUGGCUUCAAAAUCGGCCUUGAAAUCAUGGCCAGGUGUCGCUGCGAUCCCGUUGCUGAUGUCGCCAUCACCUUCAGAGAGCGCGUUGCUGGGGAGAGCAAGCUGACGAUGAAACAGAACAUCCAGUAUGUGGAACAGCUGCUGUACUUGUACUGGGACCGGUUUUCGUGGCUGCUUGUUCUGCUUGCACUUGUGGCCAUGCUCAUUCUUCUGGCCAUCACACAGGUUGUCUUGAACGUUGUGUUCUGAUGCUCUUUCUCUCCUUCUCUCUCUCUCUCUCGUGUUCCUCCCGUCCCUUCCUUUCUUGCGAACAAGUCGAUUGCUUGUUGAUAUGGCACUGUCAUGGUUCACCUCUCUUUGUGCUGUGUCGUUGUCGUUGCAAACAUCCCCUCAUGCGACGCGUA